AUGACGCUGCCUGAUGCCUCUGCUAAGCCAGCCAGGGUACUGUUUGAGCAAGUGCUUAUCCAGGUGCCCGUGGGGACCAAGGCUCCGCCCAGCAGGCCUGGGAUGGGUAAUGGUGUGAAGGCGGCCACGGCGCACCUGCCGGAGGAUGCCGAGCCUGCCCGGCACUCGCCCGUCUCCAAAAAGGCAAUCGUUGCUGUCACCUUUGUCACCACCACCGUCACUGCCACCAUGAGUGUCACUGAUGUCACCACUUUCAUCACCACCACUAUGUCACACUAUGUUGGUGACCGCCAUGAUGUACUCAGCUCUCUGCUGUCUGGGGCCCUGGCUGGUGCACUUGCCAAGACAGCAGUAGCCCCCCUGGACCGAACCAAAAUCAUCUUUCAGGUGUCUUCAAAGAGAUUCUCUGCCAAGGAGGCCUUCCGGCUGCUCUACUUCACCUACCUCAAUGAGGGCUUCUUUAGCUUGUGGCGUGGGAACUCGGCCACCAUGGUGCGCGUGGUGCCCUACGCUGCCAUCCAGUUCAGCGCCCACGAGGAGUACAAGCGGGUGCUGGGGCACUACUAUGGCUUCUAUGGAGAGGCUCUGCCCCCCUGGCCCCGGCUCCUUGCAGGUGCACUGGCUGGAACGACGGCCGCCUCACUGACCUACCCGCUGGACCUGGUCCGUGCACGGAUGGCCGUGACCCCAAAAGAGAUGUACAGCAACAUCUUCCACGUCUUCAUCCGUAUCUCCCGCGAGGAGGGGCUGCAGACCCUGUACCACGGCUUCACGCCAACCCUGCUGGGUGUCAUUCCAUAUGCAGGGCUGAGCUUCUUCACCUAUGAGACACUCAAGAGCCUGCACAGAGAGUACAGCGGCCACCGGCAGCCCUACCCCUUCGAGCGCAUGAUCUUCGGGGCCUGCGCCGGCAUCAUCGGGCAGUCAGCCUCAUACCCGCUGGACGUGGUGCGGCGACGCAUGCAGACGGCGGGCGUUACAGGCUACCCACGUACCUCCAUAGUGCGCACGAUGGUCACCAUCGUGCGCGAGGAGGGCGCUGUGCGCGGCCUCUACAAAGGCCUGAGUAUGAACUGGCUUAAGGGCCCCAUUGCCGUGGGCAUCAGCUUCACCACCUUCGACCUCAUGCAGAUCCUGCUGAAGCGCCUGCAGGGCUAG